GUUUAUCUAUGAGUCAAUCAUUAUUCCACGUGCUUCACUGCUUUAAACGACUACAUUCUGCCACGUGCUACCCAAGCUCAUUCACCUACUGUAUCUACAGUUGUUGAGUAAUUUUCCAAAAAUGUCUGGAGAUAGUUUCCUACCCUUACAAGAGGAAUUUGCAACAGUUGCGAUCCACGAAGCUCAAGAACCGGAACAAUGGUCUUGCAUGGAGGUCGUUACCCCAAUCUCAACAUCCACGACAUUCAAACAGAAAGGUCCUGCCGAUUUCAAGAAAUACGAAUACGGUAGAAGUGGAAAUCCCACCAGAGACGUUUUGGAGAAGGUUAUCGCAAAACUGGAAAAUGGCAAAUAUGGAUUUUGUUUCAGUUCCGGUUUGGGGGCGAACACUACACUGCUUGGAUUACUGAAAUCUGGAGAUCACAUACUUUGUAUCAACGAUGUUUAUGGCGGAACUAAUAGGUUGUUCACCAAAGUUGCUAGUAGGUUCGGAAUAGAAACAAGCUUUACUGAGAUAGAAGCAGACAGUUUCGAGAAGAAUCUGAGGAAAAAUACCAAAAUGAUAUGGAUUGAAACGCCUACUAAUCCUACCCUGCAGGUAUGUGAUAUACGAAGAGUGGCGGACAUCUCCAAAAAAAAUAAUGUAAUUCUAGUAGUUGAUAAUACGUUCUUAACACCAUAUUUUCAAAAACCUUUGAUGUUGGGAGCAGAUAUUGUAGUACAUUCACUUACUAAAUACAUGAAUGGCCAUUCUGACGUCGUCAUGGGAGCGGCUGUAUCUAGCAAUGAAGAGUUAGCUAAGGAAAUAAAAUUCCUCCAAAAUGCCAUGGGUACCGUGCCAUCUCCUUUCGACUGUUAUCAGGUGUUACGAAGCUUGAAGACACUUGCCUUGAGAAUGAAACAACAUUCUGAGAGUUCUCUUCAUAUAGCGAAGUAUUUGGAAGGUCAUCCAAAAAUUGAAAGUGUGAUACACCCUGGUUUGCCUAGCCAUCCCCAGUAUGAAUUGACUAAACGUCAAACUAGUGGACAUAGUGGAAUGCUUUCUUUUUAUAUAAAGGGUGACCUAGAUUCCUCGAAAAAAUUUCUACAAUCUCUUAGGAUAUUCACCCUAGCUGAGAGUUUAGGAGGUUAUGAAAGUUUGGCUGAAUUACCAGUUCUUAUGACCCAUUCUUCAGUACCGGCAGAGCAGAGGGCAAUAUUGAGAAUCACAGAUAAUUUGAUAAGGCUGUCUGUUGGUUUGGAGGAUGUAGGAAGUCUUGUGGGUGAUUUGGAACAAGCAUUAGCUGCUAUAUAAAUAUGUAUGAACGUAUUUUUGAAUCAAGAAAAACUCAUCAUCCAAUAUGAAGAGAGUUUAAACGAUUUUCAUGAAACUUCAAUAUAUUUUAUUACAUCCGCAAGAAAUGGUGUAUCAACACUAUUCAAUUACCAUCUUCUGAUUUUGAAGGCAACAGGGCAUUAGUCAGAGAUUUCUGCGAGAGACACAAUGAAACCAAGUCGGAAGAUUGUUCUUGUUACGAUAACCCGAAGCAUUACAACAAGAAGUCAAAGUUUUCCUUCAUUUUGGUCUACAUAUAUUCCGACUUCACCUUGCUGACUUUGCACAAUGUGGUCGAUAUUUCCAAAAUAAGCCAAUCAAGCAAGAAGAAGAAGAGUGCAAAGGCCACGUCACAGAACACUGAGGGACAAUGAUCAGCGUAUAAAGAAAAUUCUAGUUUUUUGAUUUUCUGGUUUGUUUGAACUUUGAAAUCUAUAGAUUUGUAAAAACGUUAAUUUUGUUUAAUAGGUAUGAAUAAAAUAAACUCAAAACCUGA